UUGCUCAUUGACUACUGACAAGUAUGUCAAAAGCUGUGGUAUGUGUGUGUUGUCCUGUCUGUUGGAAAAUGAAAAUAAAAUGUCCUUUCCUGUAAAUGAAAUACAUACUGUAUACUGUUACAUUUUACAAAGGGUAUGUUACUGAAUUUAAAUGUUGCUCCAAAUAUUGAAUACUCAAUAUUACUCAAUAUAUUCAUUACAUUAUCUGUAUAUUACGUACCAAAGCUGGUGGGGUGGGGGACUGGGUGUUACACCAAUACAUAUUGAAUAGUGAAUACAACCACUGAAUGUCAUUGAUGUUGGUUUGACAAAUAAUAUGCACGCCCUUACUUCCAGGUAUAGCAAUAAGCAGGAAUUUCUGCAAGAGUGUACUGCACUGGAUCCCCGCUUUAAAGUGUCAUGUGUGAAUGCAGAGCAGCAACAUGAGGUGUACCACAGACUUGCAGUUGAAGCAGCUAAUAUGAAACCACGACUUGUGUCUGUGAAGGUGGAACCAACCACAUCAACCGCAACAGUUGCUGAUGACCUACCUGCAUUGCCAGUCAUGCUACCAGAUAUGGAAUCAGCUGAUGCACAGUCUGAUGUCAAACCAGUUGAUGAUGUCACUACAACCUCGACAAAGAUCACAAGUGACCUCACUACUCAGUCUAGUUGUGCCAGUGGUGGUUUAGCCUCCAUUUUAGGUGAUGUUGUUUUCAUAAAGGAGAAGAUGUUACCCAAGAAAUCCAACUUGGAACAGGCAAUAUUCGAAAUUGAUGUCUUCAAAGGUCACGCGCUUAUACCGAUGUCAGAAGACCCACUGGUAUGGUGGAAAGAACACCACUGGCAGCUUCCUCUUCUCUCACAGUUAGCCAGGAAACGGUUGUGUAUUCCAGCCACAUCAGUACCAUCAGAACGCGUGUUCAGUACAGCUGGGGACAUUGUCACAGCACAGAGGGCCGCACCCAAUCCUGAAGUUGUGGACAUGCUCAUAUUCUUGAAGAAAAAUAUGGCCUAAAACAUUUAACCUGACACCUGAAACUAAUAAAGAUCAUUAAAAAAUGCAUGCCUCCUUAUUUUAUUAAAAAAACAACCCAUAAAUAUUAAAUAUAAAUAAUAUCAACUAUAUCGCAAUACAUAUCGCAAUAUGGUUUCUUAUAUUGCAAUAUAUCGCAAUACGGUUUCGACCGUAUCGUUGCACCUAGUGGUCAUAUGGGUUAGAAAAAGUACACCCGAGGUGAUGGAAAUUUUGACAUAAACAUACAAAGAUGACCAAAAAAGUCAUUUGAUAAUUUUAUUAUAAAAAAAUUACACUAUCAUAUUCGCAGUGUUUUCAUGUUAAAUAGAAUAAAAAGGCUUUUAUG